AUGGAGUAUUCCUCGGAUCAUCUUUCACCAAUCUCACCCGUCCUUAACACGUCAAUCUCACCUGCAGGAACAACCGACAGCAGCUUCGCUGGGACGCCGAUCAAGCAUGAAGAAGGUUCUUUUCCCGAGCCCCCCAGGAAAAAGCAGAAGAGAAACAAGCCAACCUUAUCAUGUGAGGAGUGUGUGGAACGGAAAACAAAGUGCGAUCGAGGAAGGCCCAACUGCUUAGCCUGCAUAAAGCGUCAAACCGAAUGCAAAUACACCACUGUCGCAAAUGUUUUGGAGGAGACAAAUCGGUCAGCUGGCAAUACUGCCAUGCGGAUGACCAAGCCACCAAAGAAGAAGUCAAUGGCAAACGGAUUCGAAGGACCAAAACAAGCUCCCAAUCCACACCAGCGGAGUGCAUCUCGAGGAUCAACCUCAUCUUCAACCGGCCUCCUGUCCAAUGUCCCUUAUUCUCACCCAACUGCAUCUAAUGUCUUCGGUAUCGGAUCAGAACAUCCGUUUGCGAACUAUUGGACUUGCCAAGGAGGACUUGCUGAAACAAUCUCGGUUCUGCCGGAGAAAAUACAAGCCGACAUCCUUCUUGAUAGGUACUUUGAAUGUGUAGAUCCUGUUUAUCCUAUGAUUCAUCGUCAGACGUUCUAUGCCGAUUAUGAACAUUUCUGGUCACUUCCACAGCCAGAAAAAGACCGCGUUGAUGGUACUCUUGUUGCCAUGAUCUUUGCCAUGCUGGCGAUGGGUACGCAGUUCGUCACAACCACCGGCCCGAAAGAACGUCAACAAACAGCCGAGUUCUAUGUUUCCGCUGCUCAUCAGUCCCUCAGAAUGUCCUCCUACCUCAACAAAGCUUCUGUCCGCUCCAUCCAAGCCAUGGUUCUAAUAACCUACUUCCUCAUCAACGACAACCAUGCAUCCGACGGGUGGGCUUUCGCAGGGAUUUUAAUCCGGCAAGCUUACGCCAUGGGUCUACACCGCGACCCCAACAUAGUCUGCCCGAACGCCUCAAUCUUCGACAAACAAAUGCGCCGCAAGCUCUGGCAAGCCGUGCUCCUGCAAGACACAUUCCUCACCGUUCUCCUCUCCCUCCCACCCUCAGCAACACACACCGACGUCAACGUCGAAGACCUGAUCGACGACUCCAGCAGCAUCGCACACUCCAACCCCACAGACACAGCAUACAUCCGCGGCUGCUGGACGCUCGCGAACCUCGUGCAAGAAACGAUAUGCUCACCCCGCUCUCUCGACCUACCCAUCUCCUCGACACCCCGCCAAAAAGCCAAACUCCUCUCUGACUUCAAAGCUGUGUUCCGUUCUUUCCCCGACGUGUUCCGCUCCUGGGAUACGGAAUCCAUCACCGCGCUCGCACAAACAAACAAGAGGAUCGUCCGGCAGACGCUCUUCCUAACAAGCAACUAUUUCCACAACGUGAUGCUGUUACAUUCAAGCGGUAGUGCGGAAGUACCUGUCAACGUGCGCGGUGCGUUGGAAGCGGCGCAUGAUGCUAUCAAUGCAUUCUUUUUACUGUUCGCGUUAUUUGCGAGUGAGGCGAAGGUAUGGUGGGUAUUUAAUCAUAGGGCAUUUUUGGAAGCGAUGUGCAUCGGCAAUAUUUUGAGGGAUGAGGAAGCGAAGGCAAAUGGGGAGGAUGUAUUGAAUAAAGAUCCGUUGUUUGCGAGGGGGAAGGCGGAUAUCUUACAAAUGAUCAAAAUAAUGCGCACAAUGAGCGAAGGCGAAGAUGGGUCCGCUGUAGCGCUGACAAGAGUUUCUGUAUUGAGUACAUAUCUGUAA